UGUAUAACGGAGGCGGCAAAAAACGCGCUGACGACUUUACGACGUGCCAACUCUGUAAUCGGCUGGCACUUUAUUAACCGAGUCAUGCUGUGAUCUUUUUUAUCACGAUCUUUACCGGAAGAAGGACAGGCUAGCUGAUUGCACUAUACAGUGGUGGGCACUCGAGUGUAAAGCUUAAUAUGCAGCGCGAGGCUUCUCGCGGCAGACGUCCAUUUCCAGGUGAUGAGCAGCGUAUUCAUUCAGCCCAUAUGCCAUUACCCACAUCGACAUCAACGGCUACCGCGACACCCGUUCCAACGGUCACCCGGCAUAAGGAUCAGGAGUUACGCCUGUUGUCAUAUUGUUUGAAAUCAGCAUUAUUGCCGGCAGAUAAUACAGCGGAUGCCGACGACAUUCCCAAUGGAAAAACUUCCGAAUGUUUUUUACAGCUGUCAGAAUGCCUAAUGGGAGGUGUGCUGGCCCGACAGAAGAUCGCAAGUGGCAUUCAAGCCUACAAGUUGCAGGAUUACAAAACCGCCUACCGCGACUGGCAGAUAGCAUCCCGCCUUUGUGAUAACCGGGAGCUGUUCUACACCCUCAAUUACCUGAUCUCCUUAUCAUUUGACUUCGGCCAAUUCCAAAAAAUGCUGAAUUUCUCCGUACAGCAAUUCCAAGUGGGAAAAUACCUCAACGACACGAAUCUCAUCGCCGAAUCCUACCUUAAUUUGGCCAGUUCCCGGGGAUUACUGGGCAACUGGGAAUUAUGCCUAUCGUAUUGCAAAAAUUGCCUGCUCUACUUGGACGUCAGUAAAGUCGGUUAUGUUUAUAUGAGCAUCUGCUGUGCGUAUCUUGAAUUAAGUCAAGUUGCACCAGCUGUUGGAUUCCUCAAAUUGACCUUCGACAUAUGUGCCAAAGAAAAAAAUUACGGAUUAGUGGUGCAGUCACUCGUGGCCUGCAGUAGUUUAUUUUACAUCCUUAAAUCCUACAACGAAGCCAAAGAAUUCGCACUGCGCGCUGUAGAAGUGGCUGAAGCGGUGUUCGGUGGUGGAGCGAGCAGUGCCCGUUUCCGGCGGACUAAAGUACAUUUAAUACCAGUCAAGAUCAAACUACGGCAGCUGGACGAAUCGCUACAGUUAUGCGAGGAAGCUGUCCGUGGAGCAUUAGAUUUUGGAGACCGUUUCGUGCAAGCCAAAUGCAUGUUAUAUUUCGCGGAUAUUCGUCGUCUUAAGGGAGAUUUUGAGGUUGCAUACCAAAGUUAUCAAGCCGCAUCAGAAUCCGGGUAUCACUAUGUGCAAGUGCGAGCUAUGCUUGGUCAGGCUAAAUGUAUAAAAAAAUGGAAUCGGGAUGGUAAUUCCAAAGUUUCCCAUCUUAAAGCACUUGAUAUUUACCAAAAAGUCUUGGAAAUUGCGGUCUCGAUGGGUUGCAAGCUGGAAGUUCUCCACUCUCAUCGAAGAAUUGCAAGUACUUAUUCUGUCCUUGGAGAACCUUCCAGCAAACUGGGAUUUCAUAUGCAAGAAAUUCAAAGGCUUUGCGACGAGCUUAAGCUGCUCUGCGUAAUUUGCGGAGAACUAUAUGGUACAAAACCUGACAGUUUGAAGAUUCUCAAUUGUGGACAUAUCUUUCAUGCAAGAUGUAUGACGAACGAAAGGGAAGACAAACCUGUGGGGCGCAAAUACUGCGUGAUUUGUCGGAAUCAAACUGAAGAUCUGUGCGAUACGCUGCUUUUGUGAUAAUCAGCCGCCAACAUUGCGAAAACCAUUUGAGUUUAAUGUGUUGAAAAGCUGUAGCGCGAUUGUGCAUUUAUAUUCGAUCUUGUCCUAAUUUAUACCGGUUGGUACAAUGCAUUUGAAAUUUAGUAUUAACGGAGUGGUAGUUUAUGUAGAGAUUUAUGGCAAAAUGUAUUUACUUCUCAGUAUCGGCGUUGUUAGACAAGUCCUUUUGUGGCUACUGGAUCGUGCCAAAAGUUUUCUCGGGUUUACAAAGAGUGGGUGCGGUUUGCUGCUGUUAAAAAUUUGUGAAAGUUUUUAUAAAAUAU